AAAAACAGUCUUUCAGAGCCGUCUCAUCUCACAAAAGAGGAUACCCUUUCUCUCUCUCUUCUACGCUUUUCUACAUUACUUGCCUUUGGUGGUGAUUAGGUUCACUUGGAAAAAAGGAGAUAGAAAAUAAAAAGCAAAACUUUGUGGUUUUUCUCUACUGAGGAGCCUGAGGGAAAAAGUUAGGCUCUUCUUCUUCUUCUUUUUUCUGGUUUUUGUUACCCAAAGUGAGAGCAAGAGAUGGAUGUGAUGUAUUACCAGUUAGCUAGGUCUUCUUGUGAGGACUCCUUGAAGGUUUUGGAGGCUGAUAUACAGCAUGCGAAUGCACUUGCUGCUUCAAUUCCAAGAGCCAAGGGUGGUGUAUGUCUACAAAUGAAAUUGGUUUACAAUAACUGGGCACCCCUCUUUCUAUUUUUGUUACAAUGGCUAGAUUGCUCUUGCACAUGUUUACUGCCGAGAUAUCUAAAUUUUUACCACAUUCUUGUCUACAAGGUAUACACAGAUGGGAGGCCAAAAAUAUCUGCACACGGAAGAAAGGCUAGCAUUAAAGACUUCUAUGCUGUUAUAUUGCCAUAUCUUCAGCGGCUCCACGCUGACUUGGGGGAGUUGGAUGAUGCUAAAAAGGGGCGUCUAAGCAUUGAGGUUUCAGCCAAGAAGAAAAGGGUAAAGUCAGAAGUUGCUCUUGCCAAUAUUGACAUGGAAAGAGAAGAUGAGUGUGGAAUUUGCUUGGAGCCUUGCACCAAAAUUGUCUUGCCCAAUUGCUGCCAUGCAAUGUGCAUCAAAUGCUAUCGCAAUUGGAACACCAAGUCAGAAUCAUGCCCCUUCUGCCGUGGUAGUAUCAAGAGGGUUAAUUCAGAAGACUUAUGGGUGCUCACAUGUGAUGAUGAUGUGGUUGACAAUGAAACGGUUUCGCAGGAGGAAUUGUUGAGGUUCUAUCUCUAUAUCAACAGCCUGCCAAAAGUUCACCCUGAUGCCCUUUUCUUAGUGUACUAUGAAUAUUUAAUUUGAUUGGAAGUAAAUGAAGAUGAUGGUGUACAGAGAGAAAAUGCCGACCCUCAAAUGUAUAUAGAGUCUGGUAAGGAAUGUCCUUUUUGGAUUCUUUCAGGAAUAAUAAUAGCUACCAUAGUAUGCUUGUUGAGCUUUUUCAAGUAUUAGUGUGAGGCACCUUGUUUAGUAAUAUAUGACAGGUUCUCACUUCCUGUACUAACUUGCUUCAAUUUCAUUACUUUCAAUCAAAAGAAUUAGUCCCAGAAAAGAAAAAAAUGAUGCAUUUAGUUGAAUAAUGCUAAUGAGAUAAGUUGUGGUUGAAAAUUGAAACUA